CCUUAAGCCUUCUUAACGCUUGUUACCGGGGAAUUCUUGUGAGUACCUGUUUGGGGCGGUUGUGCGUUCUGGGGACCUCUUUGGGAGGACACCUAGACACAUCAGAGGCACACAAUGGAACUGGUGGCCUUUGCGGAUGUAGGUGUGAUCUUCACUGUAGAAGAGUGGGCUAUGUUGGAUGAUAGGCAAAAGAAGCUCUACAGAGGUGUGAUGAAGGAAACAUUUUUGAACCUGAUCUCCAUAGAGGAAACACUAGAAGAAAAUAUUGAAGAGGACCACAGAGAUCUCAGCCGAAAUCUGGGAACUCAAGUGGUUGAGAAAGACUGUGGAUAUCAGCGUGAUACUGAGUGUGAUGAAAACCAGGAAUCUACUCCAGAGAAUAUGGUUAAUAAUGACGUGCCUCCUGCAAAAACAGUAUAUGAAAGCAGAUUACAUGAAAGGAAUGUCAUUGAUGAUUCAUCCUUACAAGUUUAUCAAAGAGACCAAAGUAGAAGCAAUGAAUUUCAAUGUCAGGAAGCUGUGGUGAAGUCUUUUAAACCAACGAAACAUUGGAAAGAUAUCAGUCAUUCUGAAUCACUUCAGGUACUUGAAACCUCUCCUAGAGACAAACCUUAUAAAAACCAACAAUGUAAUGAAGCCUGUAGGAGUCUUCCUUCUGAUAAGCCUCAGGAGAGAACUCACACUGGAGAUAAACUCAGUGAGAACAUCGUAAAGAGAUGUACACAUGACCAGAAAGAUCAUGGAAUCCAUACAAAAGUGAAACCCUUUGUGUGUAAGCAUUGUGAAGAAGCUUUCAUUGAUUCCAGUGACCUCAUCAACCAUGAAAAAAGUCAUCUUGGAGAGAGAAGUUACAUUUGUAAGCAACGUGAGAAAACAUGUUUUGAGAAACAUGAAGUAACUCACAGAGAAGUAAAGCCUUAUGAAUGUAAGCACUGUGGAAAAGCUUUCACCCAUUCUAGUAAUUGUAACAUUCACGAAAGAAGUCACUGUGCUGAGAAGCCUUGUGCACAUAAGCAUUGUGAAAAAACCUUCACCAGUUCCAAUUCCUGUAACACUCACAAAAGAAUCCACACUGGAGAGAAACUGUAUUGUAAACAUUGUGACAAAACCUUUGCCACUUUGAGUUCUUAUAACACUCAUGAAAGGGUUCACACUGGAAAGAAGCCUUGUGCAUGUAAGCACUGUAGAAAAACUUUCACCAUUCCCAGUCUGCGUAACUGCCACGAACAAAAUCAUAAUGUAAAGACUUCUGCCUGUAAGCAUUGUGGAAAGGCUUUCAACAGUUCCAAGCACUGUAAAAUUCAUGAAAGAACUCACACGGGAGAGAAGAUUUAUGCAUGUAAACAUUGUGGGAAAGUCUUCAGCACUUCUUAUUAUCGUAACAUUCAUGAAAGGAUUCAUACUGGAGAGAAGCCUUACUCGUGUAAGCACUGUGGAAAAGCCUUUACCCGCUCCAUUUAUCUUAAGAGACAUGAAAUCGUUCAUACUGGAGAUAAGCCUUAUGCAUGUAAGCAUUGCGGGAAAAGCUUCUCCACCUCGUGUUAUCGUGACCUUCAUGAAAGAAUUCACACUGGAGAGAAGCCUUAUGCAUGUCAGCAUUGUGGGAAAGCCUUCAGGAGUUCUUCUCAUCAAAAGAGACAUGAAAGAAUUCAUUCUGAAAAGCUUUAUGUACGUAAUCAUUGUGGAAACGGCUUGACUAGUUCUACAUCCCAUUCAUGAAAGAAUUCAUACUGGUGAGAAACCUUGUCUGUGUAUUCUUGUGGCAAAACCUUUGCCAUUUUGAGUUCCUGUCAUAAUCAUAAAAGAAUUCACAUGUAAGCAUUAUGGAAAAACCUUUGCCCGAUCCAGUUAUCUUAACAUUCAUGAAAGGAGUCACAGUGGAGAGAAACCUUGUGCAUCUAAGCAUCAUUGAAAAAACCUUCACUUCCAGUUGGCAUGACAGUUGUAAUAGGCAUCACGCUAGACAGUAGGCAAAUGGAUGUAAGCAUUGUGGGAUAAAACCUUAUGUAAGUACUGUGGAAAAAAAGCCUUCCCCAUUUCCAGUUGGUGUAACGCUCAUGAAAGAUUAGAAGAUGCCAUACAUCUGUGAUCAUGUGGAAAAGCCUUUAGCAAUCAUAGUUCUGAUUAUAUCCAUAAAAGAAUUUCAUAGUGGUGGAAAACUUUGAAAUGGAUGUGAAAAAUCAAUUUAUAGUGUUCAGAAACAUCUUCCGGGCCUGGCGAUAGUGGUGCACGCCUUUAAUCCCAGCACUCGGGAGGCAGAGGCAGGCGGAUCUCUGUGAGUUCGAGA